AUUUUUCUCAUUUGCUCUACCUAAAGAAACCAAAGGCAGCAGAAAAAAAUGAAGGCUAAUAAUAUCCAAAUCCAACACAUAGUAUUCUUGAUAAUUUUGCUGCCAAUUAUUAAGCCUUCACAUUCAUCCGAUCCCGAUCCGCUACAAGACUUCUGCAUCGCCGAUCUAAAAUCCCCACCGUCGAUCAACGGCUACCCAUGCAAGCCCACCGUAAACGUGACCUCAGACGAUUUCUUCUUCGACGGCCUAAGCAAAGAAGGAAACACAUCAAACAGCCCCAUGAAGAGCUUCGUCACGCAGGGACACGUGUUGGCGUUUCCAGGCCUCAACACGCUCGGCAUGUCGAUGAACCGAGUCGAUAUAGCCGUUGGUGGGGUCACCCACCCCCACACCCACCCUAGGGCUACCGAGUGCGGAGUCGUCGUCAAGGGGAGAAUGCUUGUCGGGCUUAUUACGAGUGGGAACAACGUCGUUUAUUCCAAGAAUUUGAGUGCCGGUCAGGUUUUCGUUAUCCCGAGGGGUUUGGUGCAUUUUCAGAUGAACGUUGGCCGGGUGAACGUGCUCGUUUUUACCGCGUUUAAUAGCCAUUUGCCCGGUACGGUGCAGAUAUCGAAGAAUCUCUUCGCUUCGAAACCUUCGGGUAAUAAUGGUGUUCCUGAUGAGGUUUUGAUGAAAGCUUUUCAGGUGAAUAAAACUGUUGUUGAUGAAAUUAAGUCCAAUCUUUCUUAAGUGAUUAUUAUCUUAUUGUAUCUGUAUAAUAUUGUCAUUAAUAAAUUAUUAUUGUUACA